AUGGAUAAAGAGCAAGUGUAUGGAAGUCCUGGUGCAGACAGCGAUGAUGGCCUUCAUAUACAAGGCACCUCCGAAUCGAAUCAUAGCGUAUCUAGGAGUCCUGCCGACUAUAUCAAAGGAGAGUCUGGUUCCAAUCGCAGCUCAUCCAGAAAUGAUGAAAAUCGUGGUAGUCCAAAGAUUAAUGAGCCUAGAGCUCAUCCCGGAGAAUUCAAACGCUCUCCGUCAAACUCUUCUCCUCCUAGGUAUAUUUCCAAUAAUGCUCCUUUGGAUAGAUCGCCAGUCCGAGGAAAGGGAAAAGAUGAUCGUGAUUCAAAGGCAUUAUCCACAGAUCCGUCUACUGUUGUUGGUGCUUUUGGAUUGAGUCUCUUUACCACUGAGCUUGAGCUUCGCGGUCUAUUUUCUCCCUUUGGAAAAAUUACACACUGCACUAUUAUCCGGGAUGCAUUGACUCUUCGAUCGAGAGGAUUUGGUUUUAUUACUUUUGAUACCAUUGACAGUGCUGUCAAGGCUCAACAGGAACUAAACGGCACAGUUUUAAACAACCGAACUAUGCGAGUUGCAAGACUCGAUCUAACGUAUAUGUUUGGCAACACAUUAGAUUUUUCGAUUAGUUCUCGACCUCAUGAGCCAACACCAGGGUUUUACAAGGGAAUUUCUACUCGAGAAAGUAGUUCCGAGGGAAGACAACAUCGUGAGCCAAGACCCCACUAUAAUCCAUAUCCAGAAAGAAGAGAUAUGCGUCGUGAUAUGGUUGAUCGUGGGCGUCGCUCACAACCCUACUUUCGGCCAAGAUCUCGAUCUCCGCCCUCAUCCUAUCGCGGCAGUCACGAAGGAUACCAUGAUGGUUGGGCAGAUCGUGGAGACAGAUAUAUGGACAGAAGGAUAGAUUAUGAGCGACAAGAGAGAGGUGGGAUGGGAUAUGGACCAUCAGGUGGUGAGCGCGGAGAUCAUCGAGGAGAUUUUGGUCGUGGGGAUCCAUACAGAUCUCGAUCAAGCAUGGCAGCUCCACCACUUCCACCACCAUCUGAUCGUUACCGUGGAGGAUACAGUGAGAGCAGAAGUCGUAGUCCAGUGUACGAUCAUCGUCAACGUCGUUGA